UCCUCCCCCUCUCUCCCUCCAUGUAAACUAAAUUUCCUUUACCUUUCAAUAUUUUGCUUAAAACCCUUCUCAUAAAUUUAAUUCGUCGACAUAUGUAAAUAAUUUUUAUUUGUUUUUAAAGGUAAUGGAAACACCAACAAAUAUUUUAAGUCCAUGCCAUAGUCCAAUACUUUUAACCGAAUUUCCACAAUUAAUCCAACGUUUGGACUUGGAAAAACAAUUUGAAUAUCAAAAAAGAUUAACUGAACAAAACAACAUUGUUUUUAUGGAAAAUGAUAAAAUUGAAAAGAAAAUACGUUCUUCUAGAACAGGACAAAGCGAAUACUCUAAUAAUACUAAUAUUAUUCCUUCAACAACCUCCUCUUCCCAACCAUUUUUGCAACAAACAUUAAUAACAAAUAAACGUCGACAUGAUUCUGAAUUUAAAAGAAAUUUUAAAAAUAAAUUAUUAAAUAAUAAUAAAAGAUUAAAAGAAGAAGAAGAAGCUUUAAUUAAAUUUUCCCCCUCUUUGAUGCAACGACAACAAAUAAAUUUAUCUAAUCCUCUUUCAAUGUCUAGUAAUUCAACUCCCGUUUUUACUCAACAACCUUCUAAUUCUGGUCAAAUAACAAAAAACAAAUUAUGUAAACAAAAAUCUGCCUCUUUUGAUUCCUCAUCUCAAAAUUCUAAUUAUUUAUUUAAUAAUAAUCAGAGAAGAUUAACAACAAAUGAAGGAACAACAAAUAAAGAAUUUAUUAAAAGACGUUUAUUAGUUUUUCAAGAAAUUGAAACUUACAGAAUGCGUUUAUUAGAAGCUGAGGAAGAACAACAAAAACAAAUAGAAAAUAUUAAAGAAGAAAGAAUACCUCCAACAACUCUUUUAAGUAAAGGUAAAGUAAUUUUUUGUAAUUUAUUCAAAUGUCAGUAUAAAACCAUAAAAUGUUUGGUUAGAAAAUUUAUUUAG